GGCGGGGCGGCCAUGGCGGCGGCGCGGCGGGUGCAGCUCCGGGGGCUGCUGCUGCUGCUCCUGCUGCUGCUGCUGCUCGGCGCGGCGGGGCCCGGCGCUCGGGCGGCGAGGAGCCGCGGGGCCGACCGCCAGAACAGCCUCCGCCGCGCCGCCAGCGGCCUCUACCAGGGCGUCAGCGGCCUCUUCGGUGAGGACAACGUGCGGGCCCUGCAGAAGUUUUUCUCAAGGUUGACAGAGAGGUUUGUGAAUGGGGUGGAUGUAUUAAUGGACACAUUCUGGAGAAUAUGGACUGAUUUGUUAGAUGUUCUUGGAAUUGAUGCCUCCAACCUGACUCAUUAUUUCAGCCCGGCGGCGAUUGCCAACAACCCGACCCGCGCCCUCCUGCUGAUCGGUGCCAUUUUACUGGCCUAUUGGUUUUUAUCUCUCUUCCUUGGAUUCUUCUUCUAUCUCCUGCACAUGCUGUUUGGCCGCUUCUUCUGGAUCGCCAGGGUGGCCCUGUUCACCCUGUCCUGUGUGUACAUCCUGCAGAAGUACGAGGGCGACCCGGAGCACGCCGUGCUGCCGCUCUGCUUCGUCGUGGCCGUCUACUUCAUGACGGGGCCGGUUGGAUUUUACUGGAGAAGAAACAGCAACAGCAGCCUGGAGGAGAAGAUGGAUCACCUGGAUAGUCAGAUCAGACUGCUGAACAUCCGCCUUUCCAGGGUGAUCGAGAACCUGGACAGGGGCAGCGAGCAAUGAGCCGGCCCCUGCCGACCACUGUACACCAGCUCCGGAAAAUUCCUAAGCACUGUCUCAUCCGAAAGUUACAAAGCAACAAGACAUCACAUGGUAAAAAGUGUGCAGAGUUAUAACUUUUCAUCAUGUCUGAGACUAAUUUAUCUAGGUUAAACACUCAGCCGUUAGACUUCUAGGAGAAAGAAAAAACAUUUACAAAAUUCAGCUGUAUAUUCAGAGUUUUAUCCAGUACUAGAAUUUUCUCAGUAGAUAAAACGCUUACUUUUACAAGCAUUUAAAAACAUCUUUUGUAAAGUUUUUAUAAAAGCAAAAAUUGAGUAGUCUUUCAGAUAUUGAAAUUGAGUUAAACAUAUGCAAAUUUGACACUUUUAACAGUUAAAAAGAAAAAAAAAAUCUCAAGCUACCAAGCACUUCCAUUGAGAAGUAACUGCUGUGGGUCCAUAUUUUUUCUUCAGAGUUGUGAAUGUUUUUGUGUUUUUGUUGGCUUAUUUCAUUGCCUUGAAGUUGCCUUUCAUAGAGUAUCAGAUGAGGAAUUUUCUGGUAUCCAGGCCAAAAAAUUCACACCAUAGCUUUUAACAGGAGGUAGGGAAUGAGGGAGAAGGAAGAUCUGAAGUCCUUAAAUGCCAGUCCAAUGUGAGGAAGCGCACGUGUGGCAUUUUAUCAUUGCAUUUCAUCCCGAGAACUUUAAUUUAAUAGUGUCUGGAAGGAAAUCCGGUUUAACAAAUUGGCACAGAAGGAAGAUGUAGCGUGACAAAUUGUAAUUCUCAUUCAAUCUGCACAGUGAAGCAUUUUCCAAGCUUAAGUGCAUAGACUAAAACAUGAUUUUUAAUCUCAGGACCCACGUACUUUCUCAGAAAAGGCAGCAGUUAAAACACGUGCAAAUGUAUUGUUGCUUAAAGCUUUCUCAGGACCAAUAAGCGGCAAUAAAUUACCUUCAGGAAGAUCUGGAUUUUUUUUCUAAAAUUAUAAUAGUUUUGUAGGAGCUUUUUGCUUGAAGUCUGUGUCCUCAUUAGGUUUUUGGGAAAAGCGAGUCACCUUUAAGAGGAGGGCGUAGGAAACGGUUCUCUUUCAAAGCGGUGGAGCUUUGAAGCAAUUUUAUUUUGCAGGAUUUCUGUAUUUCAUAGAGAUAACGAGCUUGGUAGGAUAUCACUGGCUGUGCUGGUUUACUGAAACGCAGUGAAACAAAGGUAACCUCAGGGAAGGAAGUCUGGAAUGUGGUUUCACCUGGAAACAGCAGCAUCCAAGGACACAGAUGUGUGGAGGGAGGGGAAGCAUCUACCCCAUAGUGAUGAGCACAGUUCUGAUCCCACGAGGGGUAGGAUGGAGCACAGCUGAAGCAUUCCAUAUUCCGUAGGGUCCAAACGAACAAUUACAUCAAAAAGCGCAACAAAAAUUGGUCUGUGAUGGGGCCUGGCUACAAAGCAAGGGAACGAGGAGGAGGAGGAAGAGGAGGUUCCCCGGGUGUGCCUGCCAGUGCCAGCUCUGGUGGGACGGGCUGGGGCAGCUGAGCACAGCUUGUUCUUCCACUGGGCAGAGCUUUUGUUGGAUGUGAUGCUUAACUGAAUGUAACUGUGGGGCGAGUUUCUUUUUCUCUUCAUGCUGAAGUUUAAUGUUCUUCUUGAAAUGUGUGUGUUACUUGCCUAACCUCUUUGGGUCUGUGUGUGACAUUUCCAUGGAGGUUAUUUUUUAAUCCAUGUUAAUGGCCUUGACUCCUGGUGAUCACUUCGGUUCAACACGGUUGAAGUUCAUAUGCACUCGGCACGGUUGGAAUGCAUUUUAAUUUUUUAAUGUCACCUGUAAAUCCCCCUGCACCCCAUUUAUUAACAAGUACAUGGUUUAGAGUUGUUAAACAACUGGUUAUCACAACUUAAAAUCUUUCCUGUGAACACGGAGAGGGGCUAUGGCAACAAAUAGUCCACUUUGUCAAGCUGAAAAUGUAAAUUACAGUGAAUUCCUUUUUCCAGCUCAUUUUCCAUAGUAUUACAGAGUCUUCCCUGUAAACUCAGUUCUCCCUAGUGUUGAGCACAGAGGACUGGGCUAAAACACCAACCUGGAAAUUAGGAAUUGACUAGUAAAGCUUGUCAGGUCUUGAUGAGUUUUGUCGAAUUUGAGACCUGAGGACCAAAGUCUGCAAACCUUGCUCAUGUCAGCGGCUCCAUCGCCUUCUUAGGACAUUGUGCAUGGGUCAGUUUGCAUAGAUUUUAUUUUGUGUAAUCCAUAUUUAACAUUGAAGUUAAAAAUACCGAAUCAUUUAUAUAUUAAGAGUUGUCUAUGAUAAAGAUUUCUUUAAAAGUAUUAUAUAAAAGUUAAUUUGGAUUAUAGUUUCUCCCCGUCUCGCUCCAAUAAUUUAUCUUAGUUUUGUAAAAUCAGCCCUCCUAUAUUAAUACUCUUAAUUUCAAUCACCCUGCUGCUUGAAAAAUGGUAUUUUUAUAUUUACCUGCAUCCCGUGUAUAGCAAAAUAUUACGUGAAAAGCAGUAUAUAUAAAAUUUGGUAUUUUUAAUCAGUAUUUUUCCCAGCACUCAGUUUUCACAUUAGUCAAAUUCAGAAGUAAUGAUUUUUUUAAAGCACAAUCUAAUCUUCAGUACAUAUAUAUAUAUAUAUGUAUAUAUAAAAAUAUAUAUAUACUUUAAAAAUGCUCUGUAUUUUUAAACAUGCACUGUAGUGAAAGCGCUUUUGGGGACAUGAAUGUGGUAUUGUAUUUAACCUCUUUCAACUUUUGUAAAUACCUUUUACAAGUAUUUUCCAUACUGGGCCAUCUAGUUUAUCCAUGGAGGUUUUUGCUGUUUUUUAGAAACCCAUGCCAGUGGCUGCAUCGCUUUUGUAUCCCACAGAGCAUCCCAGAGAUGGGCAGGGCUCUUUGUCACCCGUGGACAAACCCAGCCUGGUAGGUGACACCUGCCCCAGAUGGGGUGGCACUGGACAGCCCCAGCAGGUGACACCUGCCCCAGGCUGGGCUGGCACUGGACAGCUCCAGCAGGUGACACCUGCCCCAGGCUGGGCUGGCACUGGACAGCCCCAACAGGUGACACCUGCCCCAGAUGGGGUGGCACUGGACAGCCCCAGCAGGUGACACCUGCCCCAGAUGGGGUGGCACUGGACAGCUCCAGCAGGUGACACCUGCCCCAGGCUGGGCUGGCACUGGACAGCCCCAACAGGUGACACCUGCCCCAGAUGGGGUGGCACUGGACAGCCCCAGCAGGUGACACCUGCCCCAGAUGGGGUGGCACUGGACAGCUCCAGCAGGUGACACCUGCUCCAGGCUGGGCUGGCACUGGACAGCUCCAGCAGGUGACACCUGCUCCAGGCUGGGCUGGCACUGGACAGCCCCAGCAGGUAACACCUGCUCCAGGCUGGGCUGGCACUGGACAGCUCCAGCAGGUGACACCUGCUCCAGGCUGGGCUGGCACUGGACAGCCCCAGCAGGUAACACCUGCUCCAGGCUGGGCUGGCACUGGACAGCGCUCAUCGCUCCUGCUUUGUGCUGUGAUUUCAUGGAGCUCGGCCACAGCCACGGCCCGCGGUGCCCUGCUGGGAGCUGCUGCUGGCACAGGUGACACGGGGACAGCCCCUCCAGGACAGAUCCCACUCCUGGGCCUCCCUGCAGCCGCUGGAGGACCCACCACUGUGGCCCAGGUGCUGAGGAUGGGCUUUGGCUGCCCGGGAUCGGGAACUCCCCGUGGUUCCGAGGGUUUCCAGCCGCCUGCUUUGGGGCCCGGCCUUUGGAGCUGCUGCAGCGUUUUCCCCGUUUCGCGGAGCGGCUCCUCCGGACGCACACGCCUGUAGAUAACCGAUGUGUCCUGUGGAAUGUGGCGCUUUCCCCGUGGUUUUGGGUGGCAGAGUGCAGUGUACAAACCUGGUGUAGCUCAGUGCUGUGCUUCUAGCGCGUCCUUCACUUCGUGAUUCGCUUCUCAAGACUCGUUGCAUCGUCGGUGUGGAGAAUAGACCAGUAUCAACCUUAGCUCUUCGGUGGUGUAGAAGUGUUUAAGUGUGGUUUGCCUCACAUACUGAUCUGUAUUUGGCAGCUAAUGGUGUUAAGUGACCAUGAGUUCUCUUUAUCUGGGUUGGGAAAUAAAAGGUUUUAUUGUAUCCGCAUGUAUUUUAAACUUUUUGGAUAAUUCCAUUGACCUGUGAUGACAGCACAUGUAAAAAACCGAUCUUUUCCUUUUAUUCAGAAGUUAUAUUUGCUGUGGUAACACUUGUUGUUGGCACUGAUGGUAGUGAUUUCACAUCCUGUUUUGUACAUCAGGUUUCACGAUUACAGUGUUUAAGUUUGUACAAUUGUUAAUGUAAAAACUGAUUUGGUCCGAAGAGAUGCCGUGUGUUCACUUCUGAUCCUAGACACAUACGAGAUCCUACUGGUAAUACUGUUAAGUAGUUACAGCUGUACCAGACUUAUUUUUUACAGAGCUUUACAUGCCUUUAUUUAUUCCUUUAUCGGACCAUCCAAACCAUGUACUCCGUAGUUCAGUAUUUGUAGACGAGUUUCACAAAUCAACUUAAAGGUAUUGUGGCAAAGCUUCGAAUAAAUGUUUACUGAGACUUUG